CUGCCCCGUAGUCCCAGUCACAUAUGUACAGAAAUUUCAAGAAUGGAAGGUGGCCACAGUCGUCUCCUUCCCCCUUCUUACACAUAAAUCGCUGUGCAGAUCAAGGUCCCCUCGGCUUGCCCAUGGGAGUCUUCGAACCAGAAUGGACAGCGGACUCGACCGGCACCACAACUGACAAGGAGAGGGACUCCAAAGCCAGAUCCUUUGCCCCAGGUCUAGUCAAGAUGGACGAGAAAGCAAAGCUGAAAAUGGGAAUGCUCUGGGGAGCAUGGAACUUAGUCACAGCCCUCCCAUACAGCAUCCUAGUGAGGCUGAACUGCCCUGCGGAGGUGAUGGCGUACUCUCUGGCCUCCAUCUUGCAUCAGCAACUGCUAGCUGCGGAGAAUUCCCUGAAGGACAAGCCCACGGCAAUGGACUUUGAUUCGCUGGAUGAUGAUGAUGCACAGGCAGAUGAUGAGCUAGAUUUGGAUAUCGAGCAGUUCUCCCCCUUGGAAACCGAGACAGGGAAGAAGGGAGAGGAUUCGGGGGGAUCAGACAGCAAGAGCAUAGGACAGGAGGGAACUGACCGUUAGAUGACACCCCCUUUGUCUCAAUCAACCCCAAUACAACUC